UCAUCCCCUUCCUCCGAAAAUUACUUAAAUACCCCCUCCUCUCCAAUUCCGCUUUCCCCUCAAUCUCCUAUUCUUUCUCUCUCUCUUUCUCUCUCUAUCUCUCUCACUCUUCUGCGAUCGAAGAAGCCAUGAGAAUGAGCUGCAAUGGAUGCAGAGUGCUGCGGAAAGGAUGCAGUGAUAAUUGCAGUAUACGGCCGUGCUUGCAGUGGAUCAAGAACCCCGAGGCGCAGGCAAACGCCACCGUCUUUCUCGCGAAGUUCUACGGCCGGGCUGGGCUCAUGAAUCUGAUCAACGCUGGACCCGAGCAUGUCCGGCCGGAUAUAUUUAGAUCGCUGUUGUAUGAGGCUUGCGGGAGAAUUGUGAACCCGAUAUAUGGGUCGGUGGGGCUUCUCUGGUCGGGAAGUUGGCAGCUCUGUCAAUCUGCGGUUGAAUCCGUUCUCAGGGGAUCGCCGAUCGUGUCGAUUUCGUCUGAGGCAGCCGAGUCCAGUCCGGCGCCGCCGCUUAAGGGAUAUGAUAUUCGCCACUCGAGCAAGGAAGGCGGAGGUUACCCGGUUGAGCUUCACAAGGUCGGGAAAUGCCGGACGCGGUUCAAGCGCGCUGGUGCGGAUGCGAAAACUCGAGCCGGGGUUCAGGUUCCGGCGCCGGCUUCGCCGGAGUCGUCGGGAAGGCACUGGUGCUAUGCGGCGCCGACGCGGAGCCAUGAGUCGGCUGGAAGCCGACCUGAGAACGAGAGCAUGUUCUCUGUAGAAACAGUAGAGGCGUCCCACGUGAGCCAGGGCGAGCCGAACCAUUCCGAAGAAGGCGAAAUGGGGCUGGAGCUCACGCUAGGGCUUGAACCGCUGAGCCGCCGCAGGGACGAUGCGCGGUGGUGCGGAAAGACUUCUCCAGCGGCACAAGAAGACUAUGGCGCUGAUCUGCAGCUUGAGCUUGCGGUUUGAAAUCUCCAUAUCGAUCUGUUUAACUGAGAAAUCAAAAAAAGAAAAGUUAAUUUUAGGAUGAUUUAGGAUUAGAAUUACCUGUAGAUCACUGAUUUUUCGCGUCAGUUUUGAGAAAUAUUUGUUGUAGCUUUCAAGAAAUGAGUAGAAUAAUCGUUUUCUCCUUAUCCUGUAUAAAUCAUAAUAUAUCCUGUCGCAAUUCCAAGGUUCUCAGAGUUUGUAACUUUGACAUGAGCUUUGGCGUAUUGUAAAGGACAGUGAACGCUUCGUCAGCUACAUUAAAUCCUUCCUAAUUCUGAUUUCAAUUGGAUCCA